CUCACUCUUAUCACCUCUCAAACUCUCUCUCUUUCUCUCUCUCCCCUUUGAGCUUCCCAUGCAUUCCCACACAAUUAAUCCCAUUCCCUUGAGAUAAUGUUGAAACUUUUUUUGCAUGCCCAGCUUACAACGUAAGCCAUAUUAUUAUUAUUUCUCAUUUGUAGCAGCCUUUUGUAAGGGCGCGCACCGACAAGUGUGCGCACCCCCACUCCUAGUCUAUGCAAUGUCUGCGGCUUACCGUUACAGCAACCACAACCGCCAUCAUCUUCAGCACCAGCGCCACCGCCUUCUCCUCCUCACCGUGUUGCUCGCCGCGGCUGUUGUCUCGGCCUCCUCGGGAAGUUCCGAAGCGGAAAUUCUCUUAAGGUUCAGUAAGUCCUUGUCGAAAAAUGACGCAUUUUCCAAUUGGAAUCCCAACGUACCACCUUGCGAUAAAAAGACCGAUAACAACAAUUGGGAAAAUGUUAUUUGUGAAAAUGGUUUCGUUUUCGGUUUGCGGUUGGAGAAUAAGGGAUUAAGUGGUACAAUCGAUGUGGACGCUCUUAAGGAUUUGGCCAAUUUCAGAACCAUUAGUCUCAUUAACAAUAAUUUCGAAGGCCCUUUGCCAAUUAUGAGUAAACUUGCGGGAUUGAAAACUGCUUAUUUUUCAAACAACAAAUUUUCUGGCCAAAUUGACAAUAAUGUUUUUGAAGGGAUGCAUUGGUUAAAGAAGCUUCAUAUUGCUAACAAUCAAUUCACAGGAGAAGUACCCUCCAUUUUUGGUCAAUUGCCUAAGCUUACGGAAUUGAGGCUAGAAAAUAACAAAUUUGAAGGUCAAUUACCUGAUUUUAAUCAAGAGAGGAUUAUGGAUAUGAAUUUCUCUAACAAUUCUCUUAUGGGUCCAAUUCCUCGUGGCCUUUCUAGUCUCAAACCUUCGUCAUUUGAAGGUAAUGAUCUUUGUGAUGGGCCAUUAUCCAAAUGCACAAGUGAACCAAAGAUAGCUCUUUGGACAAUUAUAUUGGUGGUUAUAGCAGUGGCGGCAGCUAUAGCUGCAAUUAUUGUUGUUAUUGUCAUCCUUCGCCAACGCAAGCAGACGCCUGAAACGGAAGCAAGAUCAGGGGCAGCUAAUAAUUCACCCGGGGGCGCCACUCACCAGAAGGCGCCCUCGGCAGAUCUAGAUAAGAUGGAACAGGGCCAAGUAGUGGCUCCUGACCGUUCUCCGGAAGGCGGAAAGAGACCUGAACAAGCUCAAAAAAUUCAAUUUUUGAAAGAUGAUACGGAGAAAUUUGACUUGCCAGAUUUGUUGAAGGCAUCAGCUGAAAUAUUGGGAAGUGGAAUAUUUGGAUCAACUUAUAAAGCUGCACUUAGCACUGGACCUGUUAUGGUUGUCAAAAGGUUUAGGCAAAUGAAUAAUGUAGGCAAGGAAGAUUUCCAUGAGCAUAUGAGAAGGCUGGGCAGAUUGAGCCAUAACAACUUGCUUCCUAUUGUCGCUUUCUAUUAUAGGAAGGAGGAAAAGCUUUUGGUUUCCGAAUAUGUCAACAAUGUCAGCCUUGCAGUUCAUCUUCAUGGAAAUAAAUCUCGUGGGCAACCAAGCCUGGAUUGGCCAGCUAGGUUAAAAAUAGUAAAGGGAGUAGCCAAAGGACUAUUAUACCUCUACAACGAGCUUCCAAGCUUAACAGCACCCCACGGUCACCUCAAAUCCUCCAACGUUUUACUAAACGAAUCCUACGAGCCAUUGCUCACAGACUACACCUUACUACCAGUUGUAAACCUAGAGCAUGCUCAAGAACACAUGAUCGCAUACAAAUCACCCGAAUUCAAGCACAGCGGCCGAAUCACACGUAAAACUGACGUAUGGACAUUCGGAGUUUUAAUACUCGAGAUCCUAACGGGGAAAUUCCCGUCUAAUUUCUUGCAACAAGGCAAGGGGAGCGACACGGAUUUGGCAACGUGGGUUCAGUCUGUUGUUAACGAGGAUUCAUCGAAUGUAGAUGUAUUCGAAAAGGACAUGAGAGGAACAAAGAAUUCGGAGGGGGAAAUGAUGAAGUUAUUGAAGAUAGGAUUAAGUUGUUGUGAGCUUGAUAUGGAUAAGAGGUUUGAUAUGAAAGAAGCAAUGGACAGAAUUGAGGAAGUAAAAGAGAGAGAAGGGGAUGAUGAUUUUUACUCUUCUUAUGCAAGUGAAGCUGAUAUGAGAUCUUCAAGAGGAUUAUCUGAUGAUUUUUCUCAGGUUUCAUUGAACAUUUAAAGUGUAACGCUAAGGCAUUUUAAUUUGUUCAACUCAUGAUCAUCGUAAAGGGAUUGGACUUUAUUUUGUUUUGAUGCAUGGUUGGGGAUAGCCACUAAGCAAAAUAAAUAAAUUUACAAAAAAAAAAAAAAAAGAAG